GGCCAAUGGGCUUUGGGGUCAAUCAGGCCUGGGUUCCAAUUUCAGCAUGGCCCCUCUAGGUAUGUGGCCUUGGAUUUGUCACUUCUCUCUGAGCCUUUGUGUCCUUGGGGGUAGACUAAAGAUGACAGUAACCAACCACUUCCUCCCCCAAGGUAUUCAGCACAGUACCUGCCCUGUGGCCAGAUUCCAGGCUUGGGAGGUAUUAGCCCCCAUGUGUCCUUGCCCAGGCCCAGCCACUCUCCUUGCCUCAUUGUUCUCUACCUGUGAAAUGGAGCUAAGUUGGCGGGAGCUGGGGUCCCACCAGAGGAGAGGCACAUGUGGUGUCUCCUGGGGGAAGGGAGAAAAUGGGAGGGGUGAGGUGUCAGUUCCCCAUUGGUCUGGGUCAGGCGUUCUGGGGAGGUCCCCACUGCACACACAAGUACAUUUACAUCCCAACCACAGCCCAUGCUCACUGAGCCGGCUCCAGAAACCAUGAGGCCGUCACUGCUCCUGCUGCUACUGGGGGCUUGGGCUAUCCCAGGGGGCCUUGGGAAUAGGGCUUCGCUCACAGCCACUGCCCCACAGCUGGACGAUGAGGAGAAGUAUUCAGCUCAUAUGCCUGCUCACCUUCGCUGCGAUGCCUGCAGGGCGGUGGCCUACCAGAUGUGGCAACAUCUGGCAAAGGCAGAGGCCAAGCUUCACACCCCUGGGGGGCGUCAGGAGCUGAGUGAGUCGGUAUAUACAGACGUCCGACAGAGCUGCUCCAGACUGCAGAGUGACUACGGGGUCCGAGAAGUGAACCAGGUGAAACAUCUCAUGGGCCCAGGACUUAGCCAUGGGCCAGAGCCAAGCGUCAGCGUGAUGAUCACGGGGGGCCCCUGGCCUACCAGGCUCUCCACGACAUGUUUGCACUACCUGGGGGAGUUUGGAGAAGACCAGAUCUAUGAAGCCCAUCAACAAGGCCAAGGGGCUCUGAAGGCAUUGCUGUGUGGAGGCCCCCGUGGAGUCUGCUCAGAGGAGGCACCAGUCACAAGGGCAGAGCUCUAGUCCAGCUCCUGCUUCCCCUUUGUGGUCAGCCCCUGAAGACAGAGGGAGCUUCUUCUGGAUCUGUCCCCCUCCUUUCUGCAAGGCUGCUGAGGACAAGGAGAACUUGCUCACUUAGGCUGCCACUCUCUCUCCUCCUCCAGCUUUGGGGCCCUGGGGCCUGGGCGAGGGGCCAAGGCCUUCCCCUCUGGACUCAAAUAAAACUCAGUG